AUGCUUUUGGUGUUGUUUGUAAACAGACGCACGUUGUAAUUAUUUUUGUAACAAAAUUUCCCGAAUAUUCUGUGAAAGUGUGGAGAAAUCGGAAUUUCGCAAUGGACAGAUAACAGAUAAGAAUAAGGCCCCUGGGUUUCCUUUUUCUCUAGAGCUUUCCACAUUCAAGCUAUGAAAAGACGUUGUUGCCAGGAGCGAUGGUUUGUUUUGCCCCACUGCUGUUGGACGCCACACGAGAUAUUAUUCCGCGUUGUAUAUAAAAACGAUCGGGCACUUUUCAUUUCUCACUCAGUGUCGCAUUGAGUACAUAAGAGAAGCUCGAUUUUCGUUGCCCGAGCCCGCGCGAUUUGCCACAACAAUCUUCAGACGUUCGCCACCAUUCGGCUAGAGAGUGUCGUCAGUUUUGUGCACAGAAAAGCCGGAAACGGGACAAGUGCUGGAAAUCCGGGCCAAGUAUCGUUCAUCUGUACUCUCCUAAUUAGUUCACCACGUAUGAGAAGGUUUAAGAGAAUUCACACCUUCAUUAGGCACACGUCCUCUGACCACUUCUCGGAAGAUUUCUGCGCCAAAUCGGUGUUCAUUUGAGAAGAAAAUCCUUCUUGGGAUCUAACUUCCAUUCACGCACGUCCAGGAGGUCCAACAGUGUGUUGCCGAAAGGUGAAUUUGCCUUCCUGCUGCAAUUUGAAGUGUCUGAACCAUUCUUCUUAGAGAUCCUGCUCUCAGUGUGGCAUCGUGGGAGCUGUGUAGAGAGAAAAGGAGAUCAAGCAGCUGAAAUAGUGUGAAGUUAUAUUCUGCAAUCAUUGGGUCAUUUACCCACGAAGAAUCUCCAAGAAAUCGCCACUAUUUUGGUGUAUGAGCAAGUGGAGCGAGUAGUGCGAGGAAAAGUCGUGCUCUGUGUGAGAAGAUCGCAGAAUUGGGGCACACACGCAGUGCAGUGCUUGUGAUCAGUGUCAUCGAGGGUGAUGGCUCCCAUUGCAACAGUGUGUGAAGAGCAACAGAGUGCAUCAUCUGCUGAAAUGUCCUCCGUAGAUGCAUCCAAUGGAUUAGUAGAUGAUUCACCUUUGACUGUGUCUGGUGGACAUCAAAUGGCACGCAGUACAAUGCCGUGUGUCCUCAGUGCCCCUCUUGUGGUAACACUCGUUGGGCUGCCAUGCAGAGGAAAAUCUUUUGCAGCACAUCGCAUCUCCCGGCAUUUGAACUGGAAAGGAGAAUCAGCUAAAGUAUUUUCCGUGGAUGAAGCAGCAACACCUGAAACGAUGAAGGAGAUCUUGGCACAUUUCCAGAGUGGGAGUAGUGUGGCUAUUAUCGAUGGGAUGCACCUUACAAGGCAAUCUCGCCAGAUUAUCACAGCUUUCUGCAAUGAAACAUCCUCCCACCACAUCCUGGUGGAGAUUACGUGCGAUGAUGCCGAAGUGGCGGACAAUAUGGAGCGUACACUGAAGUUCUACGAGAAGACAGACAAGAACAUCGACUGGAGGCACACAAUUGAGGAGAAAAUGCUCCACUAUGGCGUUUUGGAGCCCUGCUCACCACUUGAAGCUCCCCUAAUUGCAGUCAAUGCAUCAUCAAAUCCCAUACUGCAUUCUGUUACUGCACGCGGAAUUCAAGGGGCACUCCAGACGACAAUUCUGGGUGUGCUGGCAAGUCCACUGAUCAAAGAUCACAUAUUCUACUUCACACGACAUGGUGAGAGUAAGUUCAACAUGAUGGGACGCAUUGGUGGGGACAGUGGACUUUCGGAGAGGGGUUCAAAGUAUGCUGAACGCCUGGCAGUUGCUUGUCCGGCGCCAAAAUUAAUCUGGACAUCCGAACUGGAGCGUACAAUUGCCACAGCAAGAGCCAUUCCAGGCCCCAGGACAGCCCUGAGGGAGCUCAAUGAGAUCAAUGCGGGUAUCUGUGAGGGACUCACGUACGAGGAGAUUCAGGAGCGCUUCCCGCAGGAAUUUGCCUGGCGGGAUCAGGAUAAGCUGAAGUAUCGAUACCCACACGGGGAAUCCUAUUUGGAUCUCCUGCAGCGCGUGGAUAACGUCGUGCAGGGUCUGAUAACGGCCUCCGAAGUUCUCGUUGUGUCCCAUCAGGCUGUUUUGCGGUGCAUUAUGGCCUAUUUUAUGGGUACAACCCCCGAAGAUGUGCCCUACAUUAAUGUGCCACUCCACACACUCCUUAUUGUUCGGUCGAACGGAUAUGAUUUCCAGGUGGAGCCAGUUCCGCUCAAAAUUGAAUGCGUCGACACGUACCGUGUUCAACCGAAGAAUUGCUCCCCUGGGCGUACUGAUGCCGAUGCUCUGCAAACGGUGCCAGCACAUUUUGAUGCUCCUCUCCCUCAAGUCAUCAACUGAGGUGUUUGGCUCAUGAAAUAAAAAAAAAUAAGGAUCAAAUAUCCAUGAGGAGGAUUUUUGUCAAUUUAACAAAUUGAUAGAUUUUAUUGCAUUUAUGCACACAUUUUUGCAUAAUAUUUCUAUUUACGCACAUUUUUUAUUUUAUAUAUAAAAUACAUUUUCUUUGAUUAAGGUAGCUCCUCUGGUACAUUGAUGAAAAUUUUGCGAAAAAGAAAACACAGCAAAAGUUAACACGGCAGAUUUAGUGGAAAAAAUGAGCAAUUGCGCAGCUCUUCUCUAAAAUAAAAAUGAAACAUCGCUUAAAAGGAAUUAAAUAAAUAUCCUACUGCCAGGUUCCCAGGGAAACUUUCAAGCACAAAAGCUAAUGAAAAAUAAAAUGCAAUUAAAUUAGAUGAAAAAAAAUCAAGGAAUAAAAAUUUGAAAAAGAAAAUUCUUUAGGUUUAGUCAGUUGAUUUAUCAUUAAGUGAGGAGAGCUAAAGAAAAUAAGGUGGGAGAUGUAGGAUGAGAAGCAUCGAGUUUUUUAUACAAAAAUCGAAGAAUUAGAAAGAAAAUUUGAUAGAGAAUCUGAAUUAGUCGUAUAGCGGUGAGAUUUUGGAAUUUAUGGACCCUUUCCUUGCUCCCCAGUUUACCAGCACCCUAAGAGAUAUUUUCAUUAUUUUUUUUUUUUAAUUUUAGGUAUUUUACUUUUAGUUGUUUUUUUUAAUGCUUUUCUAUCCAACAUUUUAUAUUUCUAACUAAAUAAUCUACCUAUAUAGAAUGCUACAAAAAAAAACUUAGAAAGUAAUAUUACCUUUACAAAUUAAAAGUAGAUCUGUAGAACAUUUCACAUGUUACUAAAAAAAAUGAAGAAAAUUACCUUAUUUUAUGUGAUAUAUAUUUUAUUGAGAGAAGAGAAAAGAAAAAUAAUCCAAAAGCAAUGUGAAAUCAUUUUGGUAGCAUUGGCUUUGUAUUACUUAUUUUACAAAAAUUCGCUUUUUUGUAAUAAUGUUGAAUAUUAGAAAUUUAUCAUUAUAUACAAUAAGACAUUGAGAUGGAUUUUAAUAAAUACAUACUCUAAGAAAUAGUUUAAAAA